CAGGAGAAGCUGUCAACAUGAAUGCUGCUGACAACGGGGUCAGUAGUCUCUGUGCAAUAUGUGGAGACCGAGCGACCGGAAAACAUUAUGGUGCUUCCAGCUGUGAUGGAUGCAAGGGAUUUUUUAGACGUAGCAUAAGGAAAAACCACGUCUAUUCAUGCAGAUUCAACCGACAAUGUAUUGUUGACAAGGACAAAAGGAAUCAAUGCAGAUAUUGUCGUUUAAAAAAGUGUUUUCGAGCAGGAAUGAAAAAGGAAGCUGUACAAAAUGAACGGGACAGGAUAAGUACAAGAAGAAACACUUUUGAUGGCUGCAGCAGUCCCUCUAUUAGCACAUUGUCACAAGCUGAGACACUCUCCCGCCAGAUCUCAAUCUCAAGUCCUGGUGCUAGCACUGAUGUAAAUGUUAAGAAAAUUGCUGGUAUUAGUGAUGUCUGUGAAUCUAUGAAGCAACAACUUUUAGUCCUGGUGGAAUGGGCUAAAUAUAUUCCAGGCUUCUGUGAACUACCACUUGAUGACCAGGUUGCCCUUCUAAGAGCACAUGCUGGGGAGCACCUGUUGCUUGGAGCAGCAAAAAGGUCCAUGCCAUAUAAGGACAUUUUACUUCUAGGCAACAAUUACAUAAUUCAUCGCAACAGCACUGAAAUAGAGAUCUGCCGAGUGGCAAAUCGGAUUCUGGAUGAAUUAGUUCGUCCCUUCCAGGAAAUUCAAAUAGAUGACAAUGAAUAUGCUUGCUUGAAAGCAAUUGUGUUUUUUGAUCCAGAUGCAAAAGGUUUGAGUAAUCCAUUGAAAAUUAAGAAUAUGCGAUUCCAAGUCCAAAUCAGUUUAGAGGAUUAUAUUAAUGACCGUCAGUAUGACUCCAGAGGAAGAUUUGGAGAACUUCUUCUUCUACUGCCUACACUCCAAAGCAUCACUUGGCAAAUGAUUGAGCAGAUACAAUUGGUUAAAUUAUUUGGAAUUGUUAAAAUUGACAGUUUGCUUCAGGAAAUGUUACUGGGAGGUACUUCUAAUGAUGCCAGUCAUCUGCAUCAUCCAAUGCAUCCUCACUUAGCCCAAGAUCCAUUAACUGGCCAGACUGUCCUUAUAGGUUCAGUGUCUGCUCCUGUACACACAGAACAGAUACCAACUCCAGAAACUCCAUUGCCUUCCCCUCCACAAGGCUCUGGGCAAGAAUACAAAAUGUCUUCAAAUCAGGCUUCAGUCAUUGCACAACAAUCUAUUUUGAAACAAAAACCAUUGUGAUAAUAUUUUUAUCUCUGUCUCUGUCUUAUCCUUCCUUCCCUUCCUUUUCAUGCACUAGAAAGAUUAGUAGAACACUUGCACAUUUAAAAUCUCAGGUUGAUAAAGGGAAAUUAUUUCCUCAGCAGCCACUACUAAGUGGGUGUUCCUUAAAACACCUCAUGAUUUGGAAAGUAAUGCUGUUCUGACUACUGCAUACAACUGUAACUGUGGACACUGCAGUCUGACAAAUAUGUAUAGAGGUAGAUAUUAUUUUUAGAUCUUAUAAGUGCACAGAUUUGUGUUUUUAUUUUCUGUUUUAGUUGUUGUCUUAAUAUUAUUGUUUUAGAUUUGUAUAUAAUUUUUUUCAUCAUAAUGGAACUGGUUAGUGCUUGUUUAGCUGUGAAUUGUAGACAUGAAAAGGUGGGUUAUUCAAGCAAAAGCCAAGAUUACACUAAUAGUAGAACAUUAGGCUACCAAAAAAGCACAUGAAUAGAAAAAAAAAAGGAAAACAUACUUAAUGGACAGAAAACCCCAGCUAUUUUAAAAAAUCCUGAUUUGAAAGGACCAUCUCUUUCAAGUAAAAUUUCAACAAAACCAUUGAAUCCUCCCUGCUUAAGAGUUUGUGUGAAGCAGAAGGCCUGCCUGGGUGAAUGUGCUUGAGGACUUCUUAAAAUCUAUAUGUAGAACAUCUAUAGAUAUUAUGUCUAUAUAUAGUCAAUUGGCCAGUGCUGAAGCAUUUAUAUUGAUAAAUACUUAGAACAAGAACUGGUAGGCUUUUCAGGCUGAACUAAUUAAUACAUUCCUAAAAAAUUUAUGGGCACACUUUGGGAAUUAGGCCAGUCUAGGGACACUUUUCACCAGGUUCUUUGGACACAGCCCUUCUCUUUAGGGGUACAGAGAGUAUCACAGAACCCCAGAAUAAGCAGAGUUGGAAGGGACCCACAAAAAUCAUUGAGUCCAACUCCUGGCCUUGCACAGCACAAUCCCCAAGAGUCACACUACAUGCCUGAAAGGGUUGUUCAAAUGCUUCUUGAACUCUGUCAGGCUUUUCUGUGACCAUUUCCCUGGGCACUGUUCCAG